GGCUGGUUUAUUAAGCCUCUCAAAGAAACAACCACUUCUGUGCGCUAUCAUCAAAGUAUAAGGUGGGAACUGGUAUCCGAAAUGAAAGCUGAAAACAUCAAAUCAUUUCUUCGUUCUUUUACAAAGCUUCCUCAUCUGGCAGGAACGGAACAAAAUUUCUUGCUUGCCAAGGAAAUCCAAACCCAGUGGAAGAAAUUUGGACUAGAUUCAGCCAAGUUGGUUCAUUACGAUGUCCUCUUAUCUUACCCCAAUGAGACAAAUGCCAACUAUAUAUCGAUUGUGGAUGAACAUGAAACUGAGAUUUUCAAAACAUCAUACUUCGAACCAACACCAGAUGGCUACGAGAAUGUUACAAAUAUUGUUCCACCAUGUAAUGCUUUCUCAGCCCAAGGCAUGCCAGAGGUAAAAUAAAAUACAUUUGUAAUCCAAGCCUUUAAAUGAUUCUUUUGCUAUAUAAAAUCUGUAUAGAGGACUAAAACCAAGGAAAUUAGGCG